AUGAAAGAGACAUGUGUUCUUUUCGUUAUUUUAGGUGAUGCAGCUAAUAUGGGUCAUUUAGAUAUUCCUGGGAAGGAUCCUGAAGACUUGAGUUUGAAAUCUAUCUCUGAUGGUGAUAAUUCUGUAUUCAGUGAUCACGUAGAUCAACCUCAGAUACCUCGACAAGAUCAUUCAGGUGAUUCGCCGAGACCAAACGAACACUCGGAGAACGAGUCUGAAGAAUUGGAUGACAUCGAGCUAAUAUUCACGACAGAUGAGAUAUGUCGCGAUCUCGGUCUGCAGGAGGAUCUGGUUUCUAUCACCGAGACGGAAACAUGGCAACAUGGCGGUGGUGGCCAGCCUAUUUUACUUAAAUAUGUAAAACCGGCAGAUGAUGAGUCAUUAGUUUGUAAUGGAGAGAAAACCAGUUCUGUCGAGGAAGCUAUCUCGUCGCAGAGUUCUAGCAUUGAUCGCGAGGAGAGUGUUGACAGGUUCGACGAGAGCUCCAGUACCAGACUCAACAAGAUGUGGUCGCAAUGCUCUGUUCUAGUGGAGACUGACAUCAGUAAGUGUGGUAUAUUGGAAGAUGCUGAAAGUACAGCAGGAUCAUCCUUGCGACAUGUCACGAGAAGAAAUACUCUGGCUGCACCACCGACGGCUUACAGACCUAUCAUUCAUCGGGAAGCUCUGGCUAAUAGUCGGAGAAAGAGUUCUGUCCCAUUGCGGCCGGUGAUGGAUCGUAGUAGUGGUGCCCGAAGAGAAUCUGGUGCCCAAACGGACAUCUCUGCGCUUCCGGCACAAUGGCGAUCUGAAAGCUAUCUCGCGCACAAAGUCGCACAUACUUUUACGACAUUACCGAGCAAGUUUGCGCUACCAACGGGAGUGCCUAGCCGACUGAGAUUGUCGGACAAAACCCGAGAAGCUAGAAGAGUAAUGUUGUCGGAUAUUAGCUUCACUAGCAUGGUACCAGAAUUAUCAAGAAGUGCAGAUCACCUGUGCCAUGAGCCACACGCACAGACGUGUUUUAGUUCACGCGGCUGUAGCCUCCGUACAUCGGAAGCCCAUAGACGCGAGUCCUUAGGCUCUCCUGCUGGAUAUUGGCUUCGUUGCAAUCCCACAACAGGUCUGCCAAGUCCCUGUGACUGUCGGUUAUCAACUGAUCUGUAUUCUUCGCGAUAUCGCGGCUCUCUAACAUCGAUACCGUCGCCCGGUCUCGAAGUUGUUGGGGGUCCUCCGCGAAGGCAUUCCUGGAGAGCGACAGCGGCAUCCCUCGACACGUGGAGAGUUCCGGUUGCGACUUCCACACCACGUCCGACAUGGUCCUCGAUGCCAUCUUCUCCAACACACGUACAUCCUCCAUCGACUUUCUCCAAAAUUUCAAAAAAUACACCAAAGAGAACGCGAUCCAAGGUGACUUUUCAAGAGUGUCCAUUGACGCGCGGUAGUUUACCCAACUUGCAUUCAGACUCAGUCGGCGGUGAAAAUAGCGGAGACUCUACUGAAUCGUUAAUCGAUGAGGCUGAGGAUUAUCUGCGGCGAAGCAUUGAUUCUAUGCUAACAAUAUCAAGCAUCAGCACGGAUUAUUGGAACAAACAGACAUCAAGACGAAGAAGAACGCGAAGGCAUUCGGAGCCGAACUUGAUACGCGAUUGGCAUCUUCCUCAGAAUGCCAAACCAUAUUUGCCAAAGAUACCAAGAGAUCUCAAACUGGAUCAUCUUGUGAAGGUUAUAUCACCGGAAGGUAGGGUCCUCCAAGGUCGCGUGAGAUAUGUAGGUCCCGUUCCUGGCCGAGAAGACACGCAUGUGGGAGUAGAAUUGCCAUAUGUCAAUGGUUCAUCUGAUGGUACUUUUCAUGGCAGAAGAUUUUUCGAUUGCGAUCCGGAUCGAGCAAUCUUCGUUCCGUUUAAGAAGGUGGUGCUUGCUUGGUGCACCAUUUGACCCGAAGCAUCGAUCACUAUGGUCACCCCUCAUAUUCUAUUCUCCCAGUAUA